UGCAGCACAAUGAAAGCAGACAUUACGCAAGCGGGAGGACGGAGCGGGGCUACCUUUGUUUUUGACACGUGGUGUACACGUCAUCACUCCGCGCCCGCCUGCGACUCCGCGGCAUGUAAACACAGAUGAGCGGCAUGGAUAAAACUGCUCUAGACCUCGUUAAGGUCCAUGGAGGUGGAGGUUACGACUCAGAUUUCAGUGAUGAUGAUGACGGUGGUGGAGGGCAGUCCAAAUAUGGCGAUAAUAGGGCAGGUACAGACGAGCUGUUACAGAAGCCGUUCCAGAAAGGAAAACACACCAAGGUGGCCCAUAAAAAUGUUGCUGCCCAUGAAUGGGACAGAGAGGAAGCCAGAAACCGACGGCAACAUCUGAUAUCGAUGAACGCUUUUGAACGCCACAAGAAAUUUGUCAGCGACUACAUUCUGUUCUACGGAGGAAAGAUCGAGGAGUUCAGACGAUCCACGUCUAAAGACAAGACAGACCUGGAUGUGGUGAGAGAAAACCACCGUUUCCUGUGGAGAGAGGAGGAUGAGGACGACAUGACAUGGGAGAAAGAGCUUGCAAAGAAAUACUACGAUAAGCUCUUCAAGGAGUACUGUAUUGCUGACCUCAGCAGAUACAAAGAAAAUAAGUUUGGAUUUAGGUGGCGGAUUGAAAAUGAAGUAAUAUCUGGAAAAGGCCAGUUCGUUUGCGGAAACAAGCGCUGCGAGAGUAAGGAGGGUCUCAAGAGCUGGGAGGUGAACUUCGCCUAUGUGGAGCAGGGGGAGAAGAGGAACGCUCUGGUGAAGCUGCGUCUGUGUCCUGAGUGUUCUUUCAAACUCAACUAUCAUCACAAGAGAAAGGAAGUAACGGUGAAGAAGAGACGGCGAUCAAAAGAGAACGUGGUAAAGUCACUUGCAAAAACAUCCAAAUCGUCCAGUAAGCUCAAGCGCAAAGACAAACGCAAGCACAAAAAGAGGCGCAAAGAAUACUCAUCUUCAAGUUCAGAGGAGUCCCAGUGUUCAGAUAAAGAUGCAGAGAGUGGAGAUGAAGAGGAAGAGGGUCCUUCAGAAUCGGACCACUGGAGAGGUCCAGCACCCACUGUAGAGGAGAAGUCGCGGGAGGAAGAGUUUGAUGAGUAUUUUGAAGACAUGUUUCUCUGAGCCGAGGAGAUGAAAAUUCAGAAGAAUCUCAUGCCUAAUUUUUUUCUUUUUAUAUAUUUUUUUUUGAGAUGUUGAUUACAAUUUGGUGAUUGUUAAUAAUAUUUUGAUAAUGAUCUCUACCGGGCAUCAUUCAAGCAAAAAAAUGCAUGUGAAGAAUUUUAUACAUGUGUUCAUUUGUUUAUAGGCCUUAUUCAUAAAACAUUUGAAUAUUUUGUGUGACUGAGUCUGUGUGUGUGUGUGUGUGUGUCUGUAAGGCACUUGCAAAAUCAUUUUAUAUGAAUAUAUGCAACAACUGCUAUAAUAGUUUUAAGACUAAUUUGUGGAAAUAUUUGUUCAUCUUAGAUUUUAAAUGUUUAUCAGUAUAAGUGUUUGUUUACUUUUAACGUGAAGAGAUAUUUGGCUUCCUGUAAGUACUGCAAUAUUUUAGGAACUCAUAAUUACUUAACAAGCUCCUGAGUUUACAGUCAAACCAAAUAAAUGCUUGUAUAAUCUGACCCAAUAAAUGUUGACGGAUUGACAGACAGCACGUCUGUCAACGUCCGUUUCUCACAUUUGCUCUGAUAUCACCAAUGCA